CCAUUGCCGUGGAACUUGGAGGUCAGGGUGUACGUUGUGGUUGUUUUCUUCCAGAACUUGGAGAAGAAGUCAAGUUCAAAAAGGGAGAUGUGGUAAUUCUGACAAAUGAGAAAGAAUUACAAGAUAAAUGUGAUCGCUCAGUGCUUUAUAUCAACAGCCAGUAUUAUUUGAAUCUGGCCAAAAUUGGCCACAAAAUCUGGGUUGGAGAUGGCCUCCUUUCCUUCGUUGUCAAAGAAAAGUUGAAUCAUGGCAAGUUACGAGCAGAGGUUGACACAGAAGGAGAAAUCAGUAACUUGGACCACUGUAUCAUCCCCAGGGUUCCCCCAGCCCCCACAUGUUGUCUAACUGAUUAUGACAAGGAGUGUAUCAAGUUUGCCCUGGCCCAUAAUGUGGAUAUGAUCUUUGCAUCCUGGGUUUGGUCUGAGUCCAUAAUUAAGGAGAUCAGGAGCAUGCUGGGAGACAAAGGUGCAAAGAUGAAGAUUAUUGCCAACAUUGAGAACUACAUGGGAGUCAAAAACUUCAAUGAAAUAGUGGAGGCAGCGGAUGGUGUGAUGGUGGCACGGGGAGACCUUGGAAUGGAUCUACCUCCAGAGAAAGUGUUUCUGGCUCAGAAGAAUAUGAUUGGCAGGGCGAAUGUAGCUGGCAAACCGAUGUUUAAUGUGACUUUUGAUGGCCUUCAGAUGCUGGACAGUAUGGUGAAGAACCCUCGCCCAACUCGAGCAGAGGCUGGUGAUGUGGCCAACGCCAUUUUAGAUGGCGCUGACUGCAUAAUGUUGUCGAGAGAAACAGCAGCUGGCCGUUACCCUGUUUUAGCUUUGAAGUAUGCAUGUGCUAUUGCACGGGAAGCAGAGAUGGCAGUGCAUCAUGAUCGUGUGUAUCGCCAGCUAAGAGCAUCAACUCCUCUCCCAGUUGACAGCACCCACUGCACGGCCAUUUCUGCUGUGGAAGCCUCAAUCCGUUGCCAGGCGUCUGCCAUUAUUGUUGUCACCAAUAGUGGAAGGUCAGCUGGAGUUGUUGCCAGGUACCGGCCUCCUUGCCUUAUUGUUGCUGUGACAAAAAGUCAGCACACAGUCAAAUUGCUUCAUCUUCAUCGUGGAAUCUACCCAGUGCUUCAUGAUGCUGCCAGUUGUGGCGAAUGGAUUGAUGAUAUUGACUUCCGUAUAAAUCAUGCUCUCAUCAUCUGCAAGCGCCGGGGUUAUGUAAAGGCUGGAGUUACUGUUUUGGUGACGGGCUCUAUGGAAGGCCCUGGCUGGACUAAUACAGUCCGCACAAUCAGUGUUCCUGACCAAGACACUUUAACUCAGAAAUAUGUCAACCUUGUCAACCAGACCCAUCUAAGUAUGUAAAUGUGAGUGGCUCAUAGGCCAUGAUCUUUCAGGUUGUUACUUGUUUGGAGAUGAAAUCAUGCUUAUUAUUGAAAUAGCCGAGAGGAACCUUAAAUUCUCCUGGAUGUUUAAAGACCUGAAAUCUUAUAUGUUUGAUGUUAAUAUUAUAUAUAUAUUUAUAUGUUUAUGUAUUAUGUUUGUGUGAUUUACAGACCAAGUAAUUGAUCAUAAAGAGAGUUGAUAGAAGUUGACCUUCUUGGUCAAGUUUCCUUUCCAAGGAAACUGUUGAAAGCAUUUAUGCUGUUGGGAUUAUGCCUAAUGCAGCCUGCAGAGAUGUGUAACUUGCCUAAUAAUAACCAGAUUCAAUCAGGGUUUGGAAACAUACAAGUCCAAGCUUUCAGCUUAUAAUGCUUUAUUUCAGUUGUCAAGUGCCUCCUAUAUUGAUUAGUGGUUAGUUGAAUGCUGAGAAAGUAGCAUUGAAGGUUUUAGAGGGUUUCAUACAGCUUUUGCAAAGCAAUUCAUUUUUGAAGAUUAUGAUGUAAAAUUAGAAUGUAGGUUGUUGAAGAUUUUUCUGACACAUCUUGGGAUUAAUGCUGCUACAUUAAUGUAAAUGGAAUAUAAUUAAUAGAAGACGAACAGUGACAUUAAGUGCAGCUGAUGAAGUGUAGGUCACAUAAUAAUGAAUGGAUUAUUGUGCUUAGGGAAGUAUCUUGCAAAAUCAGGUUUUUUUAAUGUCUGACUUAAUGUGUGAAGCUGCUCAAGUUUUUGGAGGACCAUGGUUUUAUUGAAGAGAUGCCAACCUUGACUUUUUUAAAGUGCACAUGUCGACGUAUGCUUUGUGUUUGGUAUUCUGUUGUGACCAUGUUCUUCUAUCAUUAAUAAACAGAUUUUUUUCAUUAGCUGUAGACUUGAUUGGAUAUUGAGGAUAAUCAUCCUGAAAAACCUUUGCUGAAAUUGACCGAAGGCUUAAGAAGCAUUUGGUAAAAAAAAACCAACAAAAAACCCCAGUUCUUAUGCUGUCCUGUGCCUCAAAGUUUUCCUAUUGCCUGUCACAGCGACAAAAAAAAUGUACAUGAUUCAUUGUUUUGGAUUUCACAACGAGCACAAGCUGUCAUUGUUAAAUGGCAUACCACUGAACAGAUGGCUCAGCAGCUUCGGAAGUAACAUUUUGCUUUGGGACCACAAGCCCGACUGUGUUCAAUAUUGUGGAAGUCAUUCUUUUAUAAAUUACAGUGUAGGGCCAUUAAGCCGCUGUCCAGUAAUCCGCGCAUUCGCUUAAGCUGCAUAAAAUGCUUGGAUCCCAAUUUUGUGGCACAAUGAAUCGUACGGACCUGGACAUGGCCUCUCAAACACUAGAGACGGGUGUUGACAGCUGUCAUUAUGGCAUUUCAAAUGUCCGUGAUUGACAUGCUAUGCACUGUCACGGAUUAAAUAUUUAAAUGCUGGCUUAUAACUUCAAAAAGGUAUUUCUAGAAGAUUAGUCUUUUAUUUAUCAAAACACAAUAACAUAACUUACAAUGAAAUUAAAUAUUAAUCUGUUUUAUUCACGCUGAGUGUCAGCAUUAUGGAAACCGCCAUUCUAACUGAUUCACACCUUACAAUGCUACAAAGUUAAGAGAAAGGAUUGUGAAAUAAAAACCAUUAAUUUUUUUCAUUAUUUACUGUAAUUUAUGCAUUAUUAACAAAUAUUUAAGCCGUGGUUAAGCAAUUUGGACCACAGUCACCGCGGCUUAUUGGCCAUAUUCUGUAAAUGGUGGGGACAUGUUUUUCCACAUCAUCUUAUUGCUGGCUGUUUUCUUCCCACAUGCUUGUGUAAAGAACUGUGGAGAAAUGGAAGCGGUGACAAAUGGCUGUAGUAUGCCUUGUUCAUGCAUUCCUUGCAAAAGUAUUCUUUGCUGGAUUUUUAAAAUGACUUCAACAUGGACACAUUUCAUUGACUCCAUUGACAUUUGCUUUAUCUGAAGAUCUGAAAACUAAUCUACAGGCUAUUGCUUGACUGUUUAUUUUUAAUUGGGUUUUCGUUAAGAGUGUUGUCAGUUAAGACUGGUGGAGAUGGUAUUUGAGGGUCAGGUUGUUGAAACGAUAAUAGUGGUUGAAAAAAGUUGGUAUGAGACUACGCAAGUGGACUGGUGCAUAUGUGUGUGUGCUUUGCAGAGGUCAUGAACAAUAUAAUCUGUUGGCCAUGUUAAUUAUCGUUUCCAUGUUAUAUUGUGUUCAAGAUAUUAAAACAGUCUUUCAGACAUGUU